AUAACGAUGUUUGGAUUUGUAUGAUUUGUUUCAUUUGUUUAUCUAUACAAGUAUUUAAAGUAUAAAGGACAAAAAGAGGCAUAAAAGUAUUUUCGAGUAUUGUUGAAUUAGUGUCUUUUUUUUAGAUAAAAAUUUAGUACUGCGGAAAUUUUAGAAGAACAUUAAAAUUGAAAUAUCCAUAGCAAUUUAUUUCAUUUUGAUUUAAAAAAAAGUUUUGACAAAAAAAUGUAUUUUUCCAUAGUGAUUUGGAUUUAAAGUCGGCUUUUCCUUAAUGAGUUUUUUUGAGUUGUUUUUAUUGUUCGAGAAAAAAUUUGGAAAAAAAAUCCUGCUCUAUAUGUUUUGGCUGCGGGCUGCAGCCAAUAUUCACCAAUAAUUUUUUUAAUACAAUUUUCAACGAGGAACAGCUCGUUUUCUUCACUUAUAAAAAAUUGUUCUAAAUGCACCGUGUGGUGGCAGCAACCACCAUGGAAUUGUGAUUUAUCUAAUCUUAAUUGCGCUGUUACUCCCCGUAUACUUAAGUUAAAUGCUUCACAUAGACGAGGAACUUGUGAGAAUAAAAUACAUACUAAGCAAGCAUCUUCAACUCAAAACGCAUACAAAAUGCAUGUUGGCCGCAGCUAUAAAUAUUUUUUACUCAUUUUAAUCGCCGCGUAUUUUUCGUGGCUAAUAAUAAUGCCCUUUAAAAAGCGUGCAGUUUUCGUGAAGUACAAAAAAUCUUUAAGGGACCCAUACAAUCAGUUGGAAAUUGACAGAACUGUUUUCGGACCCGACCUCAAGAAGGAAAUCGCCAAAAAAUUCAACGUACCUCUUGCAAUGCCAGACAAAAUUGCUGCUGGAUUACGUUUUAAUGCUUCUUGCGCCAAAUACACGCCUCCGAUGAAAAUAACUUUCAGCAACAUUUACUGGCAAGUUCAAGAAAUAAAUAGCAUCGAAGUCACGAACUUUAUGUAUGGCGCCUACUUUGACAACCGGACGACUAUCAGUGCUGUUCGCAUCGUGGCAUUUCUCACUAAAUUUGUUGAUAACGAGACGAGCCUCUACUGUCAACUGUGGUUUGAGGAUGAACGGAAACCAGCAAUUGACAAACCAAAUUCGGACCAGAAAAAUGAACCUUCAUCCGUACUUGAUCACUUGCAACAUUCCCUCGAGCAUGUCGGGCAAGGUUCCCGCUUCAGUAUCUUUGGUUGAAGCUCCCUGUGAUGAGGCGAGCAACAACCUCAGAGUCAUUUACAACCCUUUGCCUGCGGGUGAAACGAAAAAAGACUUCCUCGUCUGCGUCAAAGCUCUCUUUUUUCCGUACAAGCCACAUAUGGCUGUCAGGAUUGUCGAGUGGAUUGAGUUGCUCAAAAUUUUGGGAGCUCAAAAAAUUGUAAUUUACAAUUUUCAGGUAAUUGAAUGUGAAA